AAAACUUGACAGAAUAGAGCCAAGCCCACAGUGCUUUUGCCAGAUUAAAUAUUAAGGGUCCACAUUAGCUUCGGUUACGAGGAGCGGUGGCCCAUUGGCUGGCUGAGGAAUUGAAGGGGUAUUUUGGGUAACUAGAAAGUUGUGUUGCUCCUGAUGCCGCUUUACGAUAGGGAUAGCGGAGCUAGAGAGUCGAAAAUCGGUGUGGGCGCCUGUGGCAGCAGUAGUUGGAGAAGAGAGAAGAGUCCAGAGUCACUGCUGGGAAACAGAAGAUGCCUUGCCUCAACCUUUCAACCAACGUGAACCUGGAUAACGUUGACACCUCCGCCAUCCUCUCUGAAGCCACCUCUACGGUUGCCAAACUCAUCGGCAAACCUGAGGCCUAUGUGAUGAUUGUGUUGAAGGGUUCAGUGCCCAUGUCAUUUGGUGGUACUGAGCAGCCUGCUGCCUAUGGCGAGUUGGUAUCCAUUGGUGGCCUUAAUCCAGAUGUGAACAAGAAAUUAAGUGCUGCAAUUGCUGCAAUACUUGAAACCAAACUGCAAGUGCCUAAGUCACGGUUCUUCCUCAAAUUCUAUGAUACUAAGGCACAUCAAAGCCAAGAAUAUGCACAGUGUUUGCAUGCUUUACACCAGCACUAGAUAAUGGUUCCAACUUUGGAUGGAAUGGAUCCACUUUCUGAGUCUGGCAUGUAAUGAAUUUCUGAAAAAAUUGAUAUUGUCCGUUCUGAAUGCUCUAUUUCUAUGGUGAAUUAGUGUAGAAAAUAUUUGGUAAAGCUUGGCAUGGUAUCAUGUUUAUCUCUGUGUUUUCUUAGGAACAUGAUAUGCAGACGUUAAUGCAUAAUAAUUUGGCAUGGAACUUUAUGUUAUCUUGGCAGUAGCCUAUAUUAAAUUAUGGCACAUAAUUCAGUCUA